AGUGUAUCCACAGCAGCAAAUACAACCACAGACAUGGCAUUAUACUCAUCCGUUUUCAACCUCGUCUUCAAGAGAAACUCUACUUUCGUUGCUACUAUCUUCGCUACCACCUUCUUGUUCCAAGUUGGUCUUGACGAAGGUGUUACCAGAUGGUACGACAACAGAAACAAGGGUAAGCUUUGGGUCGACUUGAAGCCAAAGGUUUUAGCCGGUUUUGAAACCGAAGAAGCUGAAGAUGACGAGUAAGCAGGAUUGCAUCGAACAUGAAUCACCACCAGCUACGCCGACACCUCAAACGAUCUUAUAGAUAUGAAAAAACACUACGAUUCAAACAAACCUGAAAGGUUGGAAGAAUCUCAUAAUAACAAAACCAACAACAACAACAACACCAAUCUGAAGUUUCACCUGAUGAAAGGAAUUGCAUCACUUGUCUCCAGUCA